UUGGUUAUUGCUAGGGGACAGACAGCUUCAGAGCAGCCGCGACAUCAUCUUCAAUUUGGGGCAGAAAUCUGCAGCUUUCAUCGCUUUGUGCAGCUCGGGUGUAACCUCUGCAGUGACACAGCCGGACGUGUUUGAGUCUCUGACGGUAGACAAACAAACCAGCCCGUGUGCCCCGACAUAUGAUGUAGUUUAUCGCCGGUCCGGGGGUUUGUUUAUCAGGUGUGACAGACGGAGACCUGGCUGCCUACGACUUCUUCGAUUUGUUGCUGACAUAAAGGACUCAAACUGGCUGACAUGGAUGAACAGAGUGUUGAGAGCAUCGCCGAGGUGUUUCGCUGCUUCAUUUGUAUGGAGAAGCUGAGGGAUGCUCGUCUCUGCCCGCACUGCUCCAAACUCUGCUGCUUUAGCUGCAUACGACGAUGGUUGACAGAGCAGAGAGCCCAGUGUCCACACUGCCGGGCUCCACUCCAACUUAGGGAGCUGGUCAACUGUCGUUGGGCAGAGGAGGUCACCCAGCAGCUGGACACCCUGCAGCUCUGCAGCCUCACCAAGCAUGAGGACAACGACAAGGACAAAUGUGAGAACCACCACGAGAAGCUGAGUGUUUUUUGUUGGACCUGUAAGAAAUGCAUCUGUCACCAGUGUGCUCUGUGGGGAGGCAUGCAUGGUGGCCACACCUUCAAGCCUCUGGUGGAGAUCUACGAGCAGCAUGUGACUAAAGUGAAGGAAGAGGUUGCCAAGCUCCGCCGACGCCUCAUGGAGCUCAUCAGUCUGGUGCAAGAAGUGGAGAGGAACGUGGAGGCUGUCAGGGGAGCGAAGGACGAGAGGGUCAGAGAGAUCCGAAACGCUGUGGAAAUGAUGAUCGCCCGUCUGGACAAUCAGCUGAAGAACAAACUCAUCACCCUCAUGGGCCAGAAGACGUCCUUGACCCAGGAGACGGAGCUGCUGGAGUCUCUCCUGCAGGAAGUGGAGCAUCAGCUCCACUCCUGUAGUAAGAGUGAACUGAUCUCCAAGAGUCCAGAGAUCUUGCUCAUGUUCCAGCAGGUCCAUCGGAAACCCAUGCAAUCUUUCGUCACUACGCCGGUCCCUCCAGACUUCACCAGUGAGCUGGUUCCUGCCUACGACUCAAGCACUUUUGUUCUGGUCAACUUCAGCACCCUGAGGCAGCGGGCCGACCCUGUCUACAGCCCUCCUCUACAGAUAUCUGGGCUCUGCUGGAGACUCAAAGUCUACCCAGAUGGAAAUGGUGUGGUCCGUGGAAACUACCUGUCUGUCUUCUUGGAACUGUCUGCUGGACUCCCUGAAACAUCAAAGUAUGAGUACCGUGUGGAGAUGGUCCAUCAGGCCUCCAGUGACCCAACCAAGAACAUCAUUCGUGAGUUUGCCUCUGACUUUGAGGUUGGUGAAUGCUGGGGCUACAACCGCUUCUUCAGACUGGAUCUUCUGGCCAGCGAGGGCUACCUGAACAUGCAGACCGACACAUUGGUCCUUCGCUACCAGGUUCGCUCGCCCACAUUCUUCCAGAAGUGCAGGGAUCAGUACUGGUACAUCAGCCAGCUGGAGUCUGCCCAGAGUGGGUACAUCCAGCAGAUCAACAACCUCAAAGAGAGGUUGGCCAUUGAGCUGUUUCGCCGUCAGACCUCACGCAGCUCCUCACCCCCUGAUAUGCGGCUCGCUGCAGGUACCACAGCCUCCGAAAGAGACCCUCGCUCUGUGAAGAGCGAUGACGACAUCCAGACCACAUUGAGCAACACUAAAAAAGGCGAAGAAGAAGGAGAGAGGACCCAGCACGAUGACUCCAAUGAGCUGUCAGACGGUGACUUGGAGGUAGACUGUCUGACAGAGGAGGAGGUGAACCCGCUGGAUGGCAGCAGCACCUCAGGGAGCUCCACGGCCACCAGCAACACAGAGGAGAACGACAUAGAUGAAGAGACCAUGUCAGGAGAGAAUGAUGUAGACUUUAUUGGGAACCUGGAGACAGAAGAAGGAGAGCUUCCUGAUGACUUGGCUGGAGCCACAGGUGGAUCCAGCUCCAGUGUGCGUUCCUUACAUCGCAGCGCUGCUGCUGCUGCUGCUGCUGCUGCUGGUCGCAGUGUCAGUGGUAGCGGAGCUGCUGCUGGUGGUGCUGUUGGUCCAGGCAACAACAGCCUCCUGGAGAUCGAUCCGGUCAUCCUGAUCCAGCUGCUGGAUUUAAAGGAGCGCAACAGCGUGGAGUCUCUGUGGGGUCUUCAGCCUCGGCCUCCUGUAUCUCUUCUGCACAGCCAAGCUCAUCCUCACUCCAGGAAAGAGCGAGAGCGGCGGCCUCAGGUGGUGCGACGCUCAGCUCCGGACUCAGGGGUCCUGAUACGCCUCAAGGCUCAGAUGGCUGAGGUCCGCAGCAAGAUGUCAGAUGUGAAGAGUCAAGUGCUGGAUGCCCGGGGGGCUGGAGAGCCCAGGCCUGGCACAUCGGGGGGCUUCGGUGCGGAGGAGGUACCCUCUCACCACGCUGAUUCAGAGUUGUCGGCUUGUCGUAAGCCCGGUGAGCUGGACCUGCUUGGGAGAGCAGCUGCAGGUCGAUCCAGGCCUUGCCGCCCUGCCAGGAAAUCUCUCUCCCCGGUCCUGGACAGCGGUGGCUCUCUGGUUAUGAAGAGGAGGAGUCCAGAGGAGAUGGAGAAGGACCUGAGAGGAGCAGACGUGGCUAGUGAGCUCAGCCUGCACCUUAAAGAGGUGCUGGGAGGUGCAGAGGGAGUGCUGAAGACAGACGGCACCCAGGGCCCCCUUGUGUCUCUCAGCGGCUCCUCUUCAGAGCAGGCCUCCACCUCCAAGCAGCAGUACUCAAUGGAGCAGCAGCUGUAUGGGGCCUCAGGGUCCAGGGACGACAUCUUCUCCUUGGGAGGACCUAGCUACCUGACUGCCAGCAAGAACUGUGGCAGCAGGACCCUAGGGGCAGCCAUGUUGGACUGUGAAUCUGAGAGCUCGGGAAACUCCCAUCAGUCCUUGCUGGAGGGACCAUCUGCACAGCCACAGUCAAAUGAAGAUAAGUCUCCAUCUGUCCUGGUGGCAGCAACAAGCAGUGACAGCGACACUGAGGACGAAGCCCUGCAGAGCAACAACUCUCGCUACGACAACCAGACUCCUCCUUGUACAGGAGAGCAGCUUCUGUCUGACGACAUGAGCCUGCCUGCUGACAGGUGAUUCCCUCUGAGCCCGUCGGACCAGGAAACCAACUGCUUUAUCCUAAAUGGCCACACGACGAUGCAAUAAUGGCCGGAGACAACACACACGCUAGUUAAACAGAUCUGUAGAGUAGAAACUGCUUGUUAUGCAUGAAGUCAAAACGACGACAGUACAACGGCUCACCUGCUUGUCCAGAAUAUUUUCAGAAAUAAUGCUAAUGACAGCCAGUUAUUCAGGUACUUGUGGUGGUGUUAAGGGAAAUAUUAUUGGUUCAGAUGACUGCUGAAACUGCCCCUUUUCACCUCUUUUCUAAAAAAAAAUUUCUCAGUGAUUCGAUAGUUCAACAGUGACCUCAGCCGUCGUUUUCUACGACACUGUUUUUACCCUGUUGCAUUUCUUGGUCAUCGUUAUAUGGAGAUUUACAUACUUCCAGUUCUUUCAUGGUCAGUUCAGUAAAUACAUCCAAGAAAAACAUGACAGCCGUUACAGCCGUUUGUGCAAUGACUGAAUUUCUAAAAAUCUUUAGGUCAUAAAAACUAUUGGUGCAUCUUAUUUUAUUUAACAAACCUGAAAUAUUUCAUUUUACUCGGACUGCACUGCAGGCCAUUUAGCCACUUUAAUUAACGUUUAGCACAAACCCGUUACCUUCUCGGUGUAUAAACGCUUUUGUAAGUCUGAUAAGUCUACAACAUAUUUGCAAGAGUCAGAGGAUAAAACUGUACAUAAUCUGUAGCCUGUAAAUAAGAGCUUAGUGUUUUAUAACAGCUUGCUGUUGAUGUUUAAUUCAGCCCGUCUGGGCUUUAAUUUCCACACUAUCUCUACUGUCUUCACCCAUGACCCUGCACUUACCAGCGUUGGUGCUAGAAACACUGAAUUCACUCCUCAAACACUCAGUUUUAGUGACACUGCAGCUUGUUGCAUAAAAUGAGUUUUUCUUUUCCUGAGGUGAAGAGACACUUAAUUAACUUUCCUGGAAACUUGUGUAAAUGUCUUCUCUCUUUAUAAGCGCAGCAGCAGCGAACGCAGUGUCGGUCUUUACUGUAUAUGACAUUUAAAAAGGCUAAAUGAUCAUUGAAUCACAUGGAUUAUAAAACUGCUCCUAUACUGAUGUUUGAGGGAUGAAACUUUGUUACAGAACAGAAUCUGCAGCAUGUGUCAAUGGUCCAAAAGUGAGUGUUUUUGCUUCAACGUCACUGACUGGAGCUUACAAGUCCAUGUUCUUUCAUUCCCAGAGAGCUAUCUCACCACAAUUUAUUCACCACGCAACUAAAAAUUCAGCCAUUAUUAUUCAUUUAAAAAGAGUACGGAAACAAGAGGAAGCGGCUAGCAAAGUUAAUCAAACCCAUUGUGAUGUGAUGCAGAUAGAGUCUCUCAUUCAGACUAUAAAUCAACACUGAAUCAAACAGUACGGCUUUGUAAGAGUGUGACAUGAGCUGCACCUCUGGCCUCUUGCUAUUGAUGUUUAAUUCAGUCCGUCUGGGCUUUAAUUUCCACAUUAAAUCCACUUUCCUCACCUUAUGACCCUACACUUAGCAGCGUUGGUGCUAGAAACACUGAAUUCACUCCUCAAACAUUCAGUUUCAGAUGAGAUGAUUGGGGGAAAAAAGUUAGUGGCAUCACAGUAGCCGUCAAAAACAAAAUACCUAACACAUGCAGGUAAUUUUUUUGCCUAGUGAAUAAUUGUUGCUGGUGUUAGGUGAGCUCUGACAAUUUAGCAGCAAAACGUUGUUUAAGAUGUCCCUGCUUACUCUACAGUAGAAAGUGUUUUCAUUUAAAAACUGCUGAGUUGAGGCAGAUGACAUUGUCUCUCAAAAUGUUUUUUUGUUGUUUUUUUAUGCCGUGAGCUCCACAAAUGAAAUUGCAUUUUGCUUUAAUUGGCUUGGGAAAAGGCAGACGUUUGAGAGAAUGUUUUUGCAAUGUGGGUGAAUGGACCAGUCGAGUAGAAACUGAUUUAUUAACGUUUUUUUUUUAUUUUGAUAUAACUUGACCACAAAGGUAUAGAAAUUAUGUAACAUGUUUUGUGCUACACUGUUUGCUUGCUGCUUCACUGGAUUUUCUUCAUGGAUAUAUUACUCUUCACCUCACUACUCUUACUCAACAUAGCAAACUUGAAAAAUGUCACACUGACAUGAUUUCUAAACGCUGGUGAGAUUGAAAACAUGUUUGGAAAUUGAGCAGUUUAACAGACUUAUCAUUGAGCCACUCUUAUUUUGAAGGCCACUUAUGAUUGGAUUGAAGAAGCAACAUUAUUCCAAACCUCUGCAGUCGUUAGUUUACAUUGUAAAUAUCUUGGUGUAUAUACAGUUGUGGGGCUUGCUGUACAUGUGCCUGAAAGUGCAUGGCUUUUAUUGGCUGAAAUGAAGGAGGAAGGAUGUCUUGUUUGCACCAAGACCAUGUCAAAUUCAACUCAGUUCCUACACGAGAAUGAAGAUUUUUGAAAUGUUAAUAUUUCCCCUACAAUUUCAGACCACUUGAUCAUGUGGUUUUUGACUUUUCCUCUGUUACUGCUGCUUUACAUGUUCAUGGUUGAGGCGCUGGAAACAGUAGCCGGCCUCCCACCGUUUAUUAACAGUUUUUCCUAUUUGUGCUUGUUGUGUCAAAAGCUGCUUUUAUUUUGAAUGUUCCCAGAAUGCACUAUGAAUUAUUUGAUGUGUACAUUUCCUUAAUAUGGAAUAAAUAAAAUGUUUUAAGAUCCUGGAAA